CCCCCACUUUGGCUUCAUCCUAUGCCAUAAUCUUGACCAGUACGAUCUUGGUAGUAUCUCAUGCAGCAACUGUAUGAUUUUUCAUGCACCAUGAAACCACAAAUGCUAGCAGUAACGACCGACUCGCAACAGACAGGCGAGAAACGGCAAUGUUGGGAAUGUCAACGCCGGAGAUUGGUCUGCGACUCGACGCGCCCCAUUUGCACCAAGUGCUCUGCAUCUGGGGUGGUGUGUCCCGGGUAUGAUGACAAAAGACCGUUGAGAUGGCUUGCCCCUGGAAAGGUUAAGUCUCGGACGAGACGGAAGAAAAGUCCCGCAGCGAUGGAAAUGCGGAAGACGACCGAUCACCUGAAAGUUACCGUCCAUCGUAUCGCAGAAGACCCCCACCGUGUCGUGGUCCCUGGUUCGUUCAUCGGGAAAGAAUAUGAGGCUGUUCUCGAAGCUACGUCCUACUACAACUUCUGUAUCUACCCAGAGAAUGUAGCCAGCCAACUGAAACCAAAUCCUUUCUUCGUCGCGUUCCCAGAGGCUGCCAUCCCUCGACUUCCGCCUUCCGUGAGCCACGCUCUCGUCUGUUUGCUCCUUGGUCACCGCAUACGCCGGCUACCCAUAUCAGCCAAUGUGGGCUCCUUGGUGAAGCGUCAUGACUACCACCGCGGGCUGGCAAUUCGGGCACUAAACGAGGACAUUGGUGACGAGGAGAGACGGAUGAAGGAUGCCACCAUUUCUGGGGUCAUGAUGCUUCUAGCUUCCGAGCUGAUGGAAGCCAACGCGACCAAAUGGCAGGAUCAUGUCAACGGCGCUAUGACACUGGUUGCCCUUCGUGGAGGCCACUCGCAGCUUUUACGUUCUCCUGGGGGUCCAAAGUUGCAGAUGGUGUUGGUUUAUUUCAUCAUCAUCGGUGUCAUCGGGAAUACCACCAGUCCUAUGUCCAAUCAAGUCCCACACAUGCACCUAAUCGACCUCAUCACCAAGCUAUAUGGCGAGGUGCACUACCCAACAUUUCCUUGCCCGCCUUCCCUAUUUUUAGACAUAAUUCGAAUCAAUCACCUCCGAUCGUGGGGUUCCGUGGAACUUCCAGCUGAACCCACUGCAGCCGCCCUUGAUUUACUACAACAUAUCAACUCCUUCUCACCUGAGAAGUGGGCCGAGUCCAACCUCUCUUACCAGGAGGAGUGGCUACUAAUAGGCCGCAUCUACCAGUCGGCCGUAGCCCUAUAUUGUAUCGCCACUUUGCCCAUAACUCCAGAUGCCCAAACCAAGGGGAUACGAGCAUCUUGCAGCCGUCGCCUGUCACAGCUACUUGAAAAAUGUGUUUCUUGCAGCAUGACCAAGAGGUACGUGCUUUGGCCAAUUAUUGUGGCGGGCUUUGAUGCGGUCCACAAUGGCUCCAGUGUGCAGACUCAAAUAGCAGAGUGGCUAGAGGUGAUGAGUCGAGAUAUUGGCUCGGGGUUGCCACUCUGUGGGAAGGCAGUGCUAGAGAGUUUUUGGAGUAGUGGGAAGACGGAAUGGGACGAGUGUUUUCAUGGGAUGUACGUAUUUGCCUGGUGAAGGAAGGGAAAACGAUGUCGUAUUGAUACAUGUUUGCUUAUGGGUCAGCACAUGCAGGUGUACGUCGCAAUAUGGGCUGAAAGAGAUGCUAGAAUAUAUGGGUCGCAUUCUUCUAUUGUUGGAUAUUUAUUCAAGUUAGUAGAGCAGAGCACGCAAGCUUGUGUUGCAAUCCGUG